GGCGCGGGGAAGGAGGUGGAGCCAGACAGUGACCCGGAAGCAGAAGUGACUCACAGGCGGAGUGCUGGGAAGCGGGAUCGGCGACCGCAGCGGUAGAAGCAGCAAUUUAUCUGUGUGCAGCCCCAAACUGAGAAGAAGAUGCUAAUUAAAGUGAAGACGCUGACUGGCAAGGAGAUUGAGAUUGACAUUGAACCCACAGACAAGGUGGAGCGAAUCAAGGAGCGCGUGGAGGAGAAAGAGGGAAUCCCGCCACAGCAGCAGCGGCUUAUCUACAGUGGUAAACAGAUGAACGAUGAAAAGACAGCAGCUGAUUACAAGAUACUAGGUGGUUCAGUCCUCCACCUGGUGUUGGCUCUGAGAGGAGGAGGUGGUCUUAGGCAGUGAUGGACCCCCCUCCAUUUUACCUCCUUACCCUGUCGCUCAUAAUGAGGCAUCAUAUAUCCUCGCACUCUGUGGGACACCAGAGCCACUGCCCCCUCUCCUGGAUGCCCAGUCGUGUGUGUCAGUUGGUGGGAGACUGUGAGGACCCCAGGAUGCAGUGUUCCUAGCCCAAAGGGCCCUUGCUGGCUGUUGGGUUUUAGUUUGCAGUCCUGUGUGCUUCCCUCUCUUAUGGCUAUGUCCCUGGUUGUCAAUAAAAUAUUUCCUGGCUUCCUG